AUGAAGUACUCCUGUGUCCUGCUCCUUUUGGCCACCGUUGCCUGUUUCCUGGUGAGCCUGUCCAGUGCCACUACCACGACCACAACCACGACAGAUGCCACUACCACGACCACCACGACCACCGCCUCGUCUUCGGACACCACUACCACGACAGCUUCGUCCUCGGACACCACGACUACCACGGAUGCAUCCUCCUCCAAAAAGAAGAAGCACGUGACCCACUACAAGCGCAAGGUGCACAAACCCAAGAAGGUCAAGACCAUCCGCAGGAAGAAGAACCGCAGCGGCUAA